AUGAGGACGUGGUCGACGGGCAACCUGGAUCUCCCGCCGCGCCCGACGGACAGUGUUAUUCGCCAGAGCAAUGUCGGUGACAGCCUGCUGGGCCCCAAAAGGCGGUCGGUCUCGGGCUUGCAGCGGAGGGACUCUUCUGGCGUCCUCGAUGCGAAUGGUGAAUGGACUCAGGGGGGCUCUCAGCGGGAGGGCCCGAUGUUGUCAAAAUGGGAGCAGCUGCCGCUCGCGCCAGAGCUGCUGCGGUCUCUCACCAAAUUUGGUCUCGGACCGCCGAAUAAGAUCCAGCAGAGGGCGCUGCCGUUCCUCCUGCGCGGCUCGGACAUCAUUGCACAGGCGCCCCCUACGCAGGAGCGAAUUGCGGCCUACGUUAUACCGGCCAUUCAGAUCGCGGUGACGCAUAUGCCGCCGCGCAGUGCUAAUCGCGGUCCUCUGGCGAUUUUGGUAUCUACCACAGUGGACCAGGCUACGCAAGCGCAGCGGAUGAUCCGCGACCUUGGCGGUCCCAUUGGUGUCCGCUCAGCCCUUGGUGUCGGUGCGGCUUCGGCUAACAGCGACCUCAGCGCAGAGUUGCGUCUCCUUCAGCAGAACAUGCCCCACAUUAUUUGUGGUACGCCGCACAAGCUGCAUGCGCUCUUUACCAGUCCAGGUGGUCUCAGCGGCGCGGACGUUCGCUUCCUCGUGCUUGACGAGGUCGACCAACUCAUUGCCCGCAACCUGCACGAGUUCGUGUUCCAUAUUGUCAAGCUGCUUCCGCCGCCGCGCUCGCGGCCUUCCGGAGGCCCUAGCCUUCCCGCACCGCCUCCCGCGCCAGGAAGUGUCUUCCCGGAUACGCCGCCUGCCGGUUCUGCUGGGAUGGCCAACCCCUUCGGCAGCCUCGGCACUGGGCAGGCGCCGCGUAAAUUCUCCCUCGCCCCGUCCCCCAGCAACGGCGACGGUUCGCCGAACUCGCCUGCCGGCAUCGAGCGCCAGACGGCCCUGUUCUCGAACACGGUCCCGCAAGAUGUUCUCAACCUGGCGACCGCGAUAAACCUCAAGGAGCCUGUGCGCGUGCUCGUGCGCCGCGAUGGGAACGUUACACACUCGGACAACCAGGGGUCGCGCAACCUGCGGCAGUUCUACCUCUACCUGGCUUUUACGGCGGGUGGAGGGCGUACGGAUGCCUCGGGGGCGACUCCAGGUCAAAACGGGCUGGGGAUCAUCGGUUCGGGACGCGGCGCGACGAGCGCGGAGAGCACGCAGGCCCGCGAGUGGAAGUUGGAUGCGCUGGCGGACCUGUUCGACGAUGUCGAGGUUCCGCAGGCGAUCGUGCAUGUCGGAGGGAUGACCUCGCUUGAUGCGGUUGUGUAUAAGCUUGCGAGUCGAGGAUUGGAGGCCGUGCCCCUGCACGGCGACAUGAACGCGGGAACAAAGCUGGCCGCGCUGAAUAAGUUUAGGAGCACUGCGUCGGUGCUGAUGCGUCCCUCGAACACGAAGAUCCUCGUCGUGUACGACGUGCAGGUCAAGACGAACGAGGUGUCGCAUGUGCCGCUCAUCAUAAACUAUGACUUGCCCAAGGCGGUUGAGGAGUACGCUCAUCGUGUUGCCCCUGCGGUGGCGCCCAACUACGCGCGUGCUGGCGUUGUCGUGAAUUUCGUGACGGCGACCGGCGGCGACGUUGAGAUGCUGCGCUCCAUAGAGUGCUUCUACAAGAUCAAAUGUCCCGAAGUUCCUAUGAGUCUGCGUGACAUUGUUUGA